UGGCUGCCUGCAUUGCCCCAUCUUCUAAGGGGCUGACUUGUUAUUUUGGAUUAGGUGACGAGAGGAGCCAGUGAGUUAGGGAGAGGUGCCUGGGAGUUCCAAGUCCUCCCUACGCCCUCCCCCGGCCCCCUCUCUCAGAGGGUUCUCCCCAGUUGUCUUGCAGUAUUCCCAUAGCCCUGGAGGAUGGCCACCGCGGAGACAGUGAGUGGUGGGGUUCUGUUGCUCUGGUGACCAGUUGACCGGAGCCUCUGCGUUGGAGUUGCCAAGGUUCUGGGAAGAGGCUGGUCUGUCGGGUCCAGACUUGGAGGAACGCUGCAGAGCAGAAGCCUUCGGGAGCGGAAGCACAGUCUUGGCUCUACUUUCCCUCAACGAUGUCUGUGUUCACGGAUGUGCCCCUAGCCCAGAAGCUAGAAGGCAGCUUGCUGAAGACCUACAAACAAGAUGACCACCCUAACAAGGUGUUCCUGGCCUAUAAAGUCUGCAUGACCAGCCAAGGCCAACCCUGGGUGUCCUCUGUCGUGCGCAAGACCCGAAUGCAGAUCGCCCAGGAUCCCUCCCUGACCUAUGAGUACACGCCAGUGAUGGGCAUGAAAUCAUUCAUCCAGGCCUCCUUGAACCUCCUCUUUGGAAAGGACAGCCAAGUCAUUAUGGAGAACAGGGCAGGGGGCGUGCACACUGUAGGUGACAGCGGUGCUUUCCAGCUGGGGGCCCAGUUCCUCAAAACUUGGCAUCAGGAUUCUCAAGUAGUUUACAUCAUUUCUUCUCACAAAGCUGGUGGGGGAUGUCUCCCCACAGAACCGCAUGGACUCGUCUUCCAGGACAUGGGCUUUACAGUUUAUGAACACAUCUUCUGGGACUCCGCACGGCUGUGCUUGGACCCCAGCAUGCUCCUCGAUGUGGUGGAGCAGGCCCCGCAUGGCUGUAUCUUCGUGAUUGGGAACAUCGGCAGCUGCAAGCUGACACAGGGUCAGUGGACACAGUUGAUGGUCCUCAUGAAGAGCAAGCAGAUCUUUCCAUUUUUUGACAUUCCCUAUCAAGGUUUAACGACAGGUGACCUGGAAGAAGAUGCUAGAUUCUUACAAUACUUUGUGUCUCGAGGCUUUGAGUUCUUCUGCAGCCAGUCUCUGUCCAAGAAUUUUGGUAUUUAUGACGAAGGAGUGGGGAUCCUCGUGGUGGUGGCACUCAGUAACGAGCUCCUGCUGUGCGUCCUCUCGCAGCUGACGGACUUCGCGCGGGCCCUGUGGCUAAACCCUCCUACCACGGGUGCUCGCAUUAUCACCUCUGUCCUCUGUAACCCGGCUAUGCAGGGAGAAUGGAAACAGAGUCUGGAAGGGGUUGUAAAGAACGUCAUGAUGACCAAGGAAAAAGUGAAGGAGAAGCUCCGGCUCCUGGGAACCCCAGGCUCCUGGGAUCACAUCACGGAGCAGAAGGGGUCCCAUGGCUAUCUUGGACUCAACCGCUAGAGGGGAGCUAGAGGUGGCCACCUCAGGAUCUGAGACCCUAUGGUCAUCACCAGCCCAACAGGUGGACUACUUGGUCAAGAAAAAGCAUAUCUAUAUCCCCAAGAAUGGGCGGAUCAACUUCACCUGUAUCAAUUCCUACAACAUAGAUUACAUCACUGAGAGCGUCAAUGAGGCUGUCCUCUUCACAAAGGACU